UCGAAGCAGAGGAGCAGCCGCGGUGACCUGGAGUUACACCGGGCAACGACUACAGCUAUUUACAGAGAUAUUCGGAUCUGCGGCGGUUCUGACGAGAUGGCUCUGAAGGUUUGCAUCGUAGGCUCGGGCAACUGGGGAUCAGCGAUUGCAAAGAUUGUGGGCAGCAACGCGGCACAACUCCCCCAGUUCGACAAUGUGGUGAAGAUGUGGGUAUUUGAGGAAACGGUCUCAGGAAGGAAACUAACAGAAAUCAUCAAUACGGAUCAUGAGAACGUCAAGUACCUUCCAGGCCACAAGCUCCCCGAUAACGUGGUAGCUGUCCCGGAUUUGCUUGAAGCUUCAGCUGGAGCAGAUAUCCUGGUCUUUGUUGUUCCCCAUCAGUUCAUCGGCAAACUAUGUGAGCAACUCAAGUCAAACACGAAGAAAGGAGCUUUCGGAGUGUCUCUUAUAAAGGGAGUAGACGAGGGGCCGGAUGGACUGCGUCUCAUCUCCGAUAUCAUUCGGGAAAAGGUUGGUAUUGAAAUGAGCGUCCUGAUGGGAGCAAACAUUGCCAAUGAAGUGGCUGCCGGGAAAUUCUGCGAAACGACCAUUGGCUGUAAGAACAAAGAGCAGGGCAAAAUCCUGAAGGAAUUAUUCCAGACGCCGAAUUUCCGUAUAACCGUGGUGGAGGAGUCAGACACGGUGGAAUUGUGUGGAGCGUUAAAGAAUAUUGUUGCAGUUGGAGCAGGCUUCUGUGAUGGGCUUGGUUUUGGUGAUAACACAAAAGCUGCAGUUAUUCGCUUGGGUUUGAUGGAAAUGAUCGCCUUUACCAAGCUGUUUUGUGCAGGACCGGUCACAUCCGCCACCUUUCUAGAGAGCUGUGGAGUGGCCGACCUCAUUACUACAUGUUAUGGUGGCAGAAACAGGAAGGUGGGGGAAGCAUUCGCCAAGACUGGAAAAUCCAUAGAGCAGCUGGAGAAGGAGAUGCUGAAUGGACAAAAGCUGCAGGGACCACAGACUUCAGCAGAACUGAACCACAUUCUCAAGAGCAAGAACAUAGUGGAGAAGUUUCCGCUCUUCACCGCUGUUUAUCAGAUCUGCUACGAGGGAAAGCCAGUGACAGAAUUCAUUACAUGCCUCCAGAACCACCCUGAACACAUGUAAAAAGGCACCACACAAAUUCAGCCACAUCGUUACUUGGUCCCUGUUCCUCCCCUCCCUCUUCCAUUCUUUUAUCUUUAAGGUAAUUGUCGCGAUGCAAACUAAUAGAUAAAAAAGGGAGUUUUCCUUCAUCAUCCACAUAUGCAAAAUAAUAUUUGCCCAUCCCCAAUGUAUGAACCUGUUUUAGAAACUGGUUCCCUUUCCGAACACACAACUACAAAUAUAUUUCACUAUACACAACAGGUAUACCACGUACCAAAGUAUAGUUAUAUCAAACACCCCUUGGUUUGGAAUAAUAGUGAUCAGGCAUACUUAACAAGAGUAUCCAUGGGUUAUUUGUUGAUGGAUAAUAAAGGGGGCAGUUAGGUUGAGCAGGACACUUUUACCCCCCACUAUGGUAUUUGGUUUGAAGAGUUUACAUUAGGUUUCUGAUAAGACUUUUUAUUAAAGGUUUAUAGUACGUGUUAUGUCCUGCACACACACAGAGAAUCACUCUUUGUGCUCUGACAGGACCAGAAAGAAUGUGUUUUUUUUUUUUUUAUUAAAGAAAGAUCAAAAACAAAUAAUUAGAAUAUGCUUUUGUGUUUUAGUGUUCUUGUGUAUCAAAACAAUACACGAUCUAUAGAACGAGCCUUACGAUUUGUAGUUCCUCAUCACCGUGGACAAAUAUUUUAAAUGUAUUUUGUCACAUGUGUGAUCUCGUAAAACAUAAGAAACUCCCGGAAGCCAUUGAGGGAUUACGGUAAGAGCUGCCCAUGUUCCAGUGGGACAUAUCCGGUGCUUUAUGUGUAUGCCGGUGUUUAACCUGGAUGCUUAAUACAGGAUCUAACCUGAAUAACGCUAAACAUGACUGAUUAAAAAAAAACAUGUAAUUUAUGUAAACAAUAAAAAUGUCCUUGUGUGAA